UAGACGUUUUACAGCACCGUAUAUAUUUUGCAUCGACGCCGCAAUUUUUAUCCGUGCGCAAACCGCUCUUUUAUUCUAUUUUCUUUAAACUUUAUUAGCAAAAUGAAUACGGGAUCAAACUGGCAAGAUCUCCGACCGAGAGAACGCAUGGAAUAUUUGUUGAGGACCGGCCACUUGUCGGAUUGCAGUUUUGUUGUCUAUGAUAACGAUGGUGAAAAAGUUAUCUUAAAAUGUCACAAAUUUAUUCUCAUGAGUGUUUCUCCUGUUUUCGAGCGCAUGUUUGAGGGCGACUUCGAAGAGGCAAAGAUACCCGAUAAUAUUGUCCUAGACGAUGUGUCGGGAAAUGACUUUAGGAAGUUUAUGGAAUAUUUGUACUGGCACGAUAAUCAUCGCCUGGACACAUAUGAUCUACAGACAUUGCAAACAUUGAUAUAUCUAAGCAAAAAGUUCAUGGUAACCUUUUUUACCACCAAUUGCUUGAAUGUGAUUAAACGGCGGCUAUGCAGCGGCUUAGAUGCGGAUGUGACUAUCGAUCUAUUUGAGUAUAGCCACCAGCUCGAAGAUGAAGAGCUAAUCAGCAGCAUUACAUCGAAAUUUCGUUUUAACCCGAAUGCCUAUAUCAAUGCGGCGGCAGUUUUUGAUCUAAGCUCGGAGGUCUUUUUAAAAUUUGUCGAGGAGCUAAAUGAUCUUGUUAGCGAUAAGGUACGAUUUAGUGUAAUAGAUCGUUAUUGUAGAAUACAUGGUCUAGUUGAAAGCUCGGCAAAAUCCUCACAACUGAAUUCAAUCGCUGACAGUGACCACGAAUAUGAAUGCGGAGAUUACUCACCGCUCACCAAAAGAAUUAAGCCAUUAUUAGAAUUACCAAAUGCAAAUAUUCAAAAUGCCGAAGCAUCAGAUCGAGAAAUAGGGAAUGAAUCAUUCAAGAAAGAUGAAAAUGAAAACGACACAGAAAACAGUUCAGAUGCUAAUACAGAGCAAAUGACGAGUGAACAAAGCGACGAAAAAGAGAACCAGAAAAAAGUAGAAUAUAUUAGUAAUCUAUUAAAAACUAUUAAAUUUACGUCGAUGACUCCGUAUGACUUUUGCGCUGGCCCAGGAACAUCCAAUUUACUAACAAUCGAAAAGAAAUACGAGGUGCUUUCUUCCAUUUGCAUUGCCGAUUACAAAAUGCGUCUGUUAUCUACUUUUUAGU